CAGAAGCAUGGCCUGAUGUUCGAGGUGGUUGAUCUGAGGUGGGGUAUCCGGAACACCGAGGCCACUGACCACAUGACCACAGAACUUUGCUUGGAGGAGCUUGACCGGUGUCGGAAAACAUCCAUAGGGCCAGCUUUUGUCGCCCUCCUAGGUGACCAGUACGGCCCCUGUCCCAUCCCCACGCUGAUUGAGGAAAAGGAGUGGGAGGUGCUGAAGGCUCAGCUGACCGCGAGUCCACGUGAUCUGGAGCUGGUGGCACGUCGCUUCUGGAGGGACGAGAACGCUGUGCCCCCCACCUACCUGCUGCAGGCCCCGUGCAUUGGGGAGGCCCGUGGCCCCGAGGAGGCCACCCUGACCUCCGUCUUGCGCACAGGAGCCCAGGAGGCCCGGAGGCUGGGCCUCAUCACUCAGGAACAGUGGCACCGCUACCACCGAUCAGUCAUUGAGUGGGAAAUAGAACGGGGCCUGCUGAGCUCAACAGAUGGGGACCGGGGGGUGACUGUCUUCCUGAGAGAGAUCCAGGACCUCAACAAACACAUCUUGGAAGACUGUGCCCUCAAGAUGGUAGACCGGCUCAUGGACGGCUGCCUGGACACAGAUGCCCAGAACCUCCUCAGCAGCCUCAAGGGGCGCAUUGCCAACAAGCAGCCUGGAGUUCUCAAGACCCACCACCUGACAUGGAGUCGAGAUCUGGUGAACCCCAAAAACAAGGCUCACGCCCGGUACCUGAAGGAGCUGGGGGAGCAGUUUGUGGCCAGGGCUAACUAUCAGGUCCUCGAGCACCUCCGAGAGCUGGAGGUGGGCAGGCAGGAGUUGGCAUGGCUCUACCAGGAGAUCCGCCACCACCUAGGGCUCAGUGCUGAGGCCACCAGGACCUUCUGUGGGCGCCAGGAGCUACUGGCCCAGCUGGGGCAGCAGCUCAGGCUUAGUGACAGCCAGCCUCACCCGCCUCUGGUGCUCUUUGGACCCCCAGGCAUUGGAAAGACCACUCUGAUGUGCAAGCUUGCUGAGCGAAUGCCAGGGCUGCUGGGCCGCAAGACAGUGACUGUUCUGCGCCUUCUAGGGACCUCACAGAUGAGCUCCAAUGCCCGAGGCCUGCUCCACAGCAUCUGCUUCCAGGUGUGCCUGGCCUACGGACUGCCACUGCCCCCCGCCCAGGUCCUGGAGGCCCAUGCCAGGGUGGUCCAGUUUUUCCACGCCCUCCUCCAUACUGUCUCCUGCAGAAACUUCGAGUCUCUCGUGAUCCUCCUGGAUUCGGUGGAUGAGGUGGACUCUGUCCACCGUGCUCGGAGGAUUCCCUGGCUGCCUCCCAAUUGCCCUCCUAGGGUCCACCUCGUCCUCUCAGCCUGCUCAGGACAGCAGGGGGUUUUAGACACCAUGCAGAAGGUGCUCACAGAUCCAGGGGCUUACUGGGAGGUGAAACCUCUCUCUGGAAACCAGGGACAAGAGAUGAUCCAGCUCCUGCUGGCAGCCUCAAGGAGGACGCUGAGCCCCAUGCAGAGGGACCUGCUCUGGGCCAGCCUUCCGGAGUGUGGACACCCAGGGCGGCUGAGGCUGGCCUUUGAGGAGGCCAGGAAAUGGGCCUCCUUCACUGUGCCAGCCCCUCUGGCCUCCACUUCUAGGGAAGCAACGCACCAGCUGUGUGCCCGUCUGGAGCAGACACACGGGCAGCUCCUGGUGGCCCGUGUGUUGGGCUACAUUGUAUCUUCCCGGCAUGGGCUCUCGGAGGCAGAGCUGAAGGAUGUCCUGUCCUUGGAUGAUGAGGUUCUGCAGGCUGUGUACCAGGACUGGACCCCGCCCAGCAGGGAGCUGCUGCGUUUCCCACCCCUGCUGUGGGUGAGGCUUCGUCGAGAUCUGGGUAUCUGCUUGGCCAGGCGGCCAGUGGAUGGCUUCUUGCUCCUGGCCAUCGCUCACAGACAGCUGGCCGAGGUGGUCCAAGAGCGCUACCUGUCUGGGCCCGAGAAAGCCAAGAGUCACGGAGUCUUGGCUGACUUCUUCUCAGGGGCCUGGAGCCAGGGCACCAAGAAGCUCAUCACCCUGCCACUCGUGGGAAAACCUCUGAACCUGGACCGCAAGGUGGCCCCUCAGCCCCUGUGGUUCUCAGAUGCAGUUGCGAACCUGCGGAAGCUGAAGGAAUUACCCUAUCACCUGCUCCACUCGGGCCGCAUUGAGGAGCUGAAGCAGGAGGUGCUGGGUAGUAUGAACUGGAUUUCCUGCCGGGGCAUCUCAGGGGGCAUCGAGGGCGUGUUGGAUGACUUUGACCUGUGUGCCCCUCACGUGGACUGUUCUGAGGUCAGCCUGGUCUGGGAAGCCCUCCAGCUGUGCCGCCCAGCUGUGGAGCUCCAAGGCAUGGAGAGAAGUGUCCUGUAUACAGAACUUCUGGCCAGACUCCAUUUCUUCGCUACCUCGCAUCCAGCACUGGUGGGACAGCUGUGCCAACAGGUGCAGAGCUGGUUCCGGGUGUGCCCAUUCCCUGUGCUGGUGCCCCUCGGAGGAUUCCUCCAGCCUCCAGGAGGACCCCUCCGGGCGACCCUCACUGGCUGUCAUAAAGGCAUUACAGCCAUGGCGUGGAGCCUGGAAGAGAAGCUGCUGGUGGUUGGCACCCAGGAGGGCAUGGUGGCUGUGUGGGACAUGGAAGAGCAGCAGGUGAUCCACAUCCUAACUGGACACAGAGGAGAGGUGAGGUGUGUGAAAGUAUUUGCCAAAGGGACGCUCGCCAUCUCUGCCUCAAAGGACCACACCCUGCGCUUGUGGAACUUACUCUCUGGACAAGAGAAAAUCACCAUUUGGGAUGGAGGCUCAAAAGAUUCCACUGAACCUCAGAUCUGGAGUCUUCAUGUGGAUGAAUCAAAGAAGGCUGUAUAUUCAGCAUCUAGCUCAAAGGUCAAUGCUUGGAAUCUGGAAACUGGAGAGCUGAUUUUCUGUAUCCUGGGUGAUGCCUCCGAACCCUGGGUGUCCACGGCAGUGCUGACUUCCCAGGCCACCCUGCUGACAGCAUCCAAGGGUGGUGUGGUCUGUCUGUGGAGCUCAGACACAGGAAAACUACUGAGGAAGCAACAUUUAUCCAGCAUCAAAGAAGAAACACUUACCUGUGUGGUCUCGGUCCAAAAACAAGGAAAGAUGGUGACUGGGACGAGCAAGGGCUCCAUCUCUUUGUUUUCGUCGGAAGGAGACAGUCUGCUGGAGAAGCUUCCGGAAGCUGUGGGGUUCCUGGUGGUCUCUGAAGAUGAGUCCCUUCUUGCUGCAGGUUUUGGAAGAUCCGUGCGGAUAUUUUUGGCAGACUCACAGGGGUUUCAUCGAUUCAUGGCCACUGACCUUGAACAUGAAGACAUGGUGGAGACCGCUGUUUUUGGUCCUGAAAACAAUCUGAUUGUCACUGGAUCCCGGGAUGCACUCAUUCAGGUGUGGAGUCUGUCAGAACAGGGAACUCUGCUGGACAUCUUAGAAGGUGUUGGGGCCCCUGUAAGCCUGCUGUCCCAGGCUGGCACCUUGGUGGCUUCUGCUUCCCAUCAGUCCUCAUCUUUUAAAGUCUGGGAUCUCGGCUACACUCAGAAGCCAAGGGCCUCUACCCCGUUUCUGGACCGCACUGGCCUCACUGCCGUGUCACACAACGGAAGCUACAUUUACUUCCCUAAAGUUGGGGACAAAAACAAAGUCACCAUUUGGGACUUGGCAGAAGGCGAGGAACAGGAUACCCUGGAUACCUCCAAUGAGGUCAGGUGCCUGGAGGUCGCCGAGCAGACCAAGCUCCUUUUCACUGGCCUCGUUUCUGGGAUCGUCCUGGUGUUCCCCCUGAAUUCCAGACAGGAUGUGAUGUGCAUCCCCCCUCCAGAGGCCCGGAAAGCCAUCAACUGCAUGGCGCUUAGUAAGGACGAGGGGCACCUGGCCAUCGCCUAUGACAGCAUCGUCCUGGUGCUGGACAUCAGCCCCGGGGAUCCCUGCCCAGUCAUCGAUGGGCCAACAUACACCUUCUAUACCCAGCUGCCUGACACCAUAGCCAGCGUGGCUGUUCUGGCGGAUUAUCGUGUGGUCUAUGGCAUGACCAAUGGUGACCUCUUCCUCUAUGAGUGUGCGAAUUCCAAGGUGUUCCCUCUGGAGGCCCACAGGAGCCGAGUCACCUGUGUGGAGGUCAGCCACAAAGAGCAGCUGGCAGUCAGCGGGUCAGAGGAAGCCCUGCUGUGUCUCUGGGACCUGCAGACUUGCAAGUGGAAAUUCGAGAUGAGCUCCACGAAUUCUUACUGUAGAGGAGUCCAGUGCGCUUGCUUCUCCAAGGAUGACAACUAUGUCUACGCAGGCUUGAAGGAUCGCUCCAUAAUCGUUUGGAGUGUACUGGAUGGCACCCUCCUGGCUGUCCAGUUUGUCCAUGCCAUAGUGAAUAGAAUCAUCCCAACCGCCAAUGGCUUCAUCGCCCCCACCAGACAUGGCUAUCUCAUCCGUGAACGUUUCCAGUGCCCUUCAUCAAGAGUCUCACAGCAGGACCCUCUCAAGAACUUCAAGAAGGCAGUGUGGAUGGUCAAAUCCAGGCAGAGAGAAGAACUGGCGGCUGCUGCAGGAGCACUCCAGGACUUAAGAUCAGGGAGUGCCCAAGGAAAUGAAUCCAAGUCAAAUAAACGUUCACAAGUCUGCUUGCUAGUAUAA